AUGGGCGGGUCUGCCCAUCGGAAUCUCUCAAUGUUCAAGAAACUGUGCGGCCAUGAUGGGAUGAAGAAUGUGAUGUCCCUCACUGCAUUUUGGGAGGAUGUUAAUGAAUCUGUUGGCAAAAAACGCGAACUGGAAAGGGGCGCCAAGGUCCGGAGACAUCGGAAUAAUCGUGAUUCUGCCCUGUCUUGCUUGGAGGAAUUCAUCCCAGUUGAUUGGAAUCAGCCUGGGGAAGGAAUGAAGCUGGCCAUCCAAACUGAAAUGGUCGAGUCCAGAAAAGAUCUGGAUCAGACCUCGGCAGGCCAGGAACUUAAUAGUGUGCUUAAAAAGCAGCGGGAAAAGCUGCAACAAGAAAUGGAAGAAAGCAAACACGAGAUAAAAGAAGCUAUGAAAUUACAAGAGAGAGAAGUUGUAGAAAGACUCUGUCAAGAUCAGGAGAAGCAGGUCAAAGAGCUUGUACGCAGAGAGCAAGAUAUGAAAGCCUUGAAAAUAAGCAUGCAACGAAUGCAGAACGACCAUAUCAAGAAGCUGCAGUACCAGAUACUAUAG